AUGGACCAGAACAAUCACACCAAAACUGCAAGAUGGCUGGCCAUCCUUGUACUCCUCACCAUGCAAAUACUCAGCGCAAAAGCUGACGUAGUAACCGUCUGGACUACGGUUAAAGUGCCCGCACCAACCCAAACAGCGCCCCUAUCACCAUCUUACACUUCCCUCAACGAGUUCAAAGACGAUAUGUUGAAAGUCACGAAUGAGUACCGCGCCAAUCACGAUGCAGAUCCACUGGUAUGGAACGACACGCUGGCCGAUUACUCGCGCGAGUGGGCAGAAGCCUGUAUCUGGAAGCAUUCGAAAAGUAGCUACGGCGAGAACCUCGCAUACGGAUAUCAGAAUGUCUCUGCAGCUGUCAUCGCCUGGGGCGGUGAAGGUGCCAUGUAUAACUUCGGUAAGCCGACAGGCUUCACUGAGGAGACAGGGCAUUUCACUCAGUUGGUAUGGAAGUCGACUACGCAGGUUGGGUGUGCUGCUGUCAACUGCGGGUAUACGAAGAAUGGCAACGGGAAAAGAGAUGACGAGAUCGAAAUGCGAGAGGAUGCCUUUGAAGAUGAUCUUUUUGCAGAGGAUGCUUUCGAAGGAGUGCUGAUGGCGCCUCGUUUCAACACAGAUGAAGCCGGACGAGACGGCUUGGAAGGGCUGAAGGUCGCGCGAGGCGAGGCGAGGGCUCAGGGGUGGUAUGUGGUUUGCGAAUAUACACCCCCUGGAAAUGUUGUGGGCCAGCAUGACUCCUACUUCAAGAAGAACGUCUUGCCAAAGAAGGCGCCUGCAGUCGACUCGUCCUCGUCGUCAACCACGACUUCCGAGGCUUCUUCUACGUCUACGCCUGAGCCGUCGCCGAAUGCCGCGACAUCCACUACCAUCGGGAGUCAGAGUCAGCCUACGGGAGGUGCUAUAAGAUUCGCGCUGGACUCGACAUUGGGGAUGAUGCUAGUAGCAUUGGGAACGGUGGGGCCAUCUCUCAUGCUUAUCCACAUUGCACAUUUGGUCGGGAGGCGCACCGCUCGAUCUAUUGAUUUUUGGAAUGUCCCGAUCCUCACUGGGCUUGCCCAGGGGACCUAA